AACAAAGUCCUCGAGUUGGAAGGGCUUUUCUUAUAAAGCUGCACCAGCGUUAAAAAAUUCAUUAGACUCGGGCAGCAAUGUAGUGCGCAACAAAAUAAUGAUUCCGCUUGAGCUAUGGUGUUUGGUGGCGCUUUUGGCCGCAUCAUCGGGUGAAAAACCCGGUCCAUCACUGUCUUAUUUCACCCCCAACCCCAAUUGCUACACUAGCGGUUACGUAAACCCUCCACAUUUCUGCGGUGUGCCAGCCGUGCAGCAACCGAAUUUUCACACACUGGUGGAGGCGAAUCCUCUCUUGGCUGCGCUUUUCCUCAGCUCGACGCUGCAUCUGCAUCCGAAAAUUCCGGGAUAUAAUCAUCUCGAACAUUUGCCGCUGAAUCCGUAUCUGGCGCUGCUUUUGUCGCAUUAUGGCAAAUAUCAACCGGUUUUUGGCAAAGGGGGAGGCUUGUAUGGAUACAACGCGGCCAACAAUUAUCAUAACAACAAACCCUUUGGGGCCUACAAGAUUUACGAAGACAAUGAUGGCUGAUUUUCUAUAGUUUUGUUCGAUAAAGAACUGUUUGGGCGAGUUUUGGGGUUGGAUAACUUGUAUAGAGUCUCUCCCCAGCUAUUUUUGACACGUGCUACUCAUUUUUUUAUUGUACAUAUGAUCAAAAAAUAAAAAAGUAAAAUUAAGUGGUAAAAUUAAAA